CAUUUGCAAAACUAGGUGAACUCAGACCUUCAUUCUCUCCAAUCGCCGAAGACUGUGACUCAUGUGUUGAAUUUGGUAGCUUUGCUAGUCUACGAUAUUACCAUCAACAUGGGUCGUGAAGUGCGGCUGGUCUGGAGCACUUCAGACAGAUUUCGUUGGUCAAACGUUAUCUACUUCACAAAUCGCUAUCCAGUCGUGGCAUACCAGAUAUGGAGCGUUUGCUAUACCCCGAAUAUACCUCAUUGCGAUGCACUCUACCAAUUCUUCUGGUUUUUUUCAUUCAUCCCGACACGCAUAGCGAUCACUGUAUCAUGGAUCCUUCGAGUUUACGCCGUGGUCGAUCACGGUUUAGUAUUUGCUAUCAUGUUAUCUCUACUUGGUCUAGCAAUCGUUGGUUUCGAUAUCCUUCAAGGCGUUCAAUCCUCCUGUACUCACAACACGCUAUCUUCAGAAACCCUCUCUGGAGUCAUGACCUACAUUUCCCUGGCUGUGUUCGAUAUCUUGGCGACAUUAUUGGUGACAAACCGAAUGAUACAAGCCAUACGCGGAUGUGGUGGGUUUCGCAAGCUGGCCAGACAAAAUCUCUCUGAAUAUGUUCUGAGAUCAGGCGUUUUAUAUUUCGGGGUCGUCACAAUACCUCAAAUCAUUGCAGUUGUGCUUUAUUUCGUAGGUGUCCCCCUUGUGAGCCAGGCAAUACUAAUUUUGCAUCUCACAGGCUCCACAGGUACGGAAAAAAUCGUUCUUUACUACCUUCGAACCAAGGCACGGCUCAUAUCGUUCUGAUGAUUUCAGGGACUAUACAGCCCUAUCCUCAACAACUUUCUUCUCGUGUGAGCUCCUGUUUCCCCUCCCAUACUUGAGCUCACAUCGUUGCUAUGCUCGCAAACCUUCACUUGCGAAAAAACAUCUUUUUUCUAUGUGUCUAGGUUGUCUUCCAUCAUGAUCGCG